AUGCCGCAGGGCGAGCACAUCGAGCUGCAUCAGAAGCGCCAUGGCUUCCGCUUGGAUCACUUCGAGCGGAAGCGCAAGCGCGAGGCUCGGCAAGUGCACAAGACGUCUCAGAUUGCGCGGAACACCAUCGGUCUCAAGGCGAAGAUGUUCGCGAAGAAGCGUUACCAAGAGAAGGCGACGAUGAAGAAGACUCUAGCAAUGCACGCGGAGCGGACGAACAAGCACAAGGCGGACGCGCCAGUGGCGGAGGGCGCGGUGCCGGCGUACCUGCUGGAGAGGGAGGCGACGGCGCGCGCGAAGGUGCUCAGCAACACCAUCAAGCAGAAGCGCAAGGAGAAGGCCGGCAAGUGGGACGUGCCCCUGCCAAAGGUUCGACCGAUAGCAGAGGAUGAGAUGUUUAAAGUGGUCCGAUCAGGGAAGAGGAAAACCAAGCAGUGGAAGAGGUUAGUGACAAAAGUCACCUUUGUGGGUCCGGGGUUCACUCGUAAGCCACCCAAGUAUGAGCGCUUUAUCCGCCCCAUGGCCCUGCGUUUCACCAAGGCGCAUGUGACGCAUCCAGAGCUCAAGUGCACGUUCCAUCUGGACAUCAUCAGUGUGAAGAAGAACCCUAAUGGUCCCAUGUACUCGUCCAUGGGGGUCAUCACCAAGGGAACCAUCAUCGAGGUCAAUGUGAGCGAGCUUGGGUUGGUCACACCAGCUGGCAAAGUCAUUUGGGCGCUGCAGCCGGCACAGGGACCGGACCUGCUGCUUCAGACCAAGGUAUGGUUCCCCCCGAAGCGCGCGUUGGCGGCGUGUCAGAGCUUCCGCACGACGCGGCAUGCGGACAGCAGCGUGCGGCAUCACGAGCAGCCGGCGAAUCAGGCGCUCAUGCUGGAUCGCCUGGGCGACGACCCGCUGGCCGCUGCGAGCGGGCAAGUCGUCGUCGGCAGCGACCGACGGUACCGCGUGGUGUACAGGCUGGUGAACAGCAUCUACGUGUUGGGGCUCAUGCUCGCGGACGACGAUGAGACGUCGCUCAACGUCUACAGCUGCAUCAGCACCGUCAACCAGGCCGUCAGUGUGCUGGUGGCAGCGUGCAAGGGCGUGGAUGUGACACCGGAGAAGAUAUUCCGCAAGUACACCGAGGUCUACAUGGCGUUCUUCUACGUGCUACAGGGCAUCGGAGCAGCGCGCCUCUCAGCGGUGCUCUCGUACGUGGCGGGGGACGGUGCAGCGCUGCUCGUCCCCCUCGCCACCAACACCCUCGCCGACGGGGAGAACCGCGCUCGCGGCGCUGCCAGCUGGCGCGUGGCUAAUGCCGAGGCAGUGGAGCGACUGGCUAGUGUGGAGUACAUGUCAUCAGCGCACUUCGAGCUACCAGAGGAGGCCAUAGCAGCGGGCGACGAGACAAUGGAGGCGUUCGCCCCGGCGCCCUCCCAGCCCGCCUUCGAAGCCCCCCCCGCGCCCCCCACGCCCUCCCCGCGCCCCUCUGCUGCCUCGGACCCCCUGGCGGCGCUGGCGCUGCUGGGCUCCGCGGAUGACCCCUUUGCCGCCAGUGACAGCCUGCUGGGGGGCGGGGGGGGCGAGCUCGCGCUGCUGGACGCGGGUGGGGCAGGGGCGGGUGGGGUGGGGGAUGUGGCGGAAGCAGGGGGGGUGGGGAAGAGGCCGGAGAACGACCCUGCUUCACUGCUUGCGGAGCUCGAGCUCAUGUGUGCUGCUGCAUCUGCUGUCCAACGUGCGGGGCUGUCCUCUGCGCCCGCCCCCUCCGCCUUGGACCCCUUCGCGUCAGACAGCAUGGCGGACGCCUUUGGGGCGGACCUGGAGGCGGAGGGGCUGGGGGGGCUGGCCGCGCUGGGGGACGACGAGGGGGACGACGCCUGGGGGACGGCCUUUGGGGGGAGCGCGCUGCUGGGGGGGGAUGGGGACGCGUGGGGGGGAGGGCUGGACGCGGCGGAGUUUGGGGUGGAGCAGGGGGAGGAGGACGCGUUUGGGCUGGGCGGCGGGGGGGACCUGGGCGUGUCGCUGGGGGGGGGCGAGGGGGCGGCAGGGGGGUCAGCGGUGGCUGCAGCACGGCAGCUGGAGGUGUCUCUGGGGCUGGGCGCCAUGGAUGUGUCAACCCCGACAGCAGUUACCCCACCAGCAGCGACAACACCGGCCACACCAGCGGGCCCCGUGCAGCCCACGUUCCGCGUGGAGGAGCGCAUCAGUGCCGACUUCCUCGGUUCCUCCCUCACGCGCGUGCGCCUCUCCGGCACCGUCUUCCUCACCCUCCCGCUGCCCAAGGGAGGGUUGGGCGCAGAGGGGGCGCUGGGGGGUGGCGGUGGCGCUAUUGGUGGGGGAGGCGGGGGGGCGAGGGGGGCGGGGGUGGGUGGAGGAGCGGAGAAGGACGGGAGUGUGCCGGACGAGUUCUCAUUCCGAUUGGAGGGCUCUGGCGCCAUCAAGCGCUGCACCAUGCGUCCCGGCAUUGUGAGCGACCUGGGGAAGGGCUACUUCCACUUCCGCAUGCCUCCCCCCGGCACCACCUUCCCCCCGCUCUCCGCCCCCUCUGCUGUCGCAGCCUCCCCCCAGGCCCCCCCCAUGGCGGACCUGCUGGGGGAGGGGGACGAGGGCAUGGGGGAGGUGGUGAAUCCGGGGGAGGGGGAUGCGUGGGGGCGAGAGGGAGAGGGGGCGGGGGGUGCAGAGGGGCGGGCGCAGGAGUUUUUGCUGAUGAAGUAUCGCCUGCAGCCCCGCUACACACCCAUUCCACUGCGACUGAGGUUCGUGACAAGGAGGAGUGAUGAAGCACUCUCACUCAUGAUCCAGUACGUGGCGAACCCAUAUCUGCAAGCCCCGCUGCUGAACGUCACCUUCAUCCUCUCCCUCGCCUUCUCCCCCGCCUCCCUCCGCCUCAACCCAGAGGCACAGCUUGACCCAUGGACCAAGGAGCUGAGGUGGCACGUCCGACAAAUUACUUCCAAUGACCCACCGCAGCGCCUGAGGGCUCAGAUCCCAGUGAUUCCAGAUGACUUGGUGCACGGGGCAGCAGAGCGGACAGCAGAGGAGAAGCAGGCAGAGGAGGACCGCAAGGCUAAGGAGAUGGCGGCGUACCGCGUGCGCGUGGAGUUUGAGUGUAGAGGGUCGUCGCUGUCAGGCGUUACUGUGGGCGAGGUGAUGGCCUCAGGCAAGCCACCGUUUGCUGUGGCAGGGCAUUCGUUUUCCUCUUCUGAGUAUAUCUGCUCGUGA